UAUGGGCUUGAGAAGUUUUGAUAAGAUCCGUCUGCACGUUUUUAACGCCACACGUGUGACGAGCAGUUUUCAACGACAGCAGACGAGUUAAAUGCUUUAAAUACAAACAGAAGAGAGUUUAUAUGCACACGCGUUCAGGAUGUGAUAUUUCAUUUGAAGACAAGUGACCAUUUUGCGGAAUGCAAGCAAAUUCUCAGCACCCAGGACAAUGGCAAAAUUUGCAUGGCAGUGGGGACGCAUCUGGAGAUGGGACAUUCAGUAAUCCAGAACAAAACUAUUACCAGAAAUGCUUACAACCUCACUCUGCGAACCAUCCAUUUCCAGGACAAAUCACCCCUGGAAAUUACUUGGCACAAUUCUCUUGUACAAUUCUACAGACGACUGCUGAAAAAACUGUGACUAUCGGUCAAUCUACCAAUGAAAUGAAGCCAUCACAGGAGAAUAAUUUCAAUUCAAAAUGCACACAGCCAACAGGACAACAGAACUCUCAAGUUGUUCUGUGGAACGUGCCCAAUAGUGUCCAGAUAUUCGUACCUGUUAACAACAUAAGCAUGCAGGAAACCAUUAAUGUUGCAUCCCACAAUAAUGGACAAAACAUUUUACAUUUUGCCUCGAGACAAGAAACUUUCAGCAGUAAUAGCCGUGCAUAUAUGCAACAACAAACUACCUCUUUGCCAGCUGGGACAAAUAAUUCGCAACAGUUUAAUGCAAAAACAGUUAUUAACCAUAGGGAUCUUAACGAUACCCGAAGAGAUAUGAGCCCCUGUAUUAUGCCUCAAAGGGAACAACGUGCCAUUGCAGCAAAAAAUUUGCCAAAAAGCCACUUGAAAGAAGGGAUGCCCUUGCCGUCGGAUUCGAAAUAUUGCCUCCCAACUGAAAAUACACCUCAUGGACACGAUAGUUCCUUUGGUGGACACAUUUCUCAUAGAAUAAGAACUGACAGCUCAUCGACCCAUGAUAACCUACAAGCACUUUCUUCAUGGAACUUAUUCCAUCAGAACAACACAAAUAAAGCUGUUGCUGUUGUUACACCAUUAUCUCCAAUAGAAAUGGCAUCCAUUUUAAAUGUACCCAAAAAAUCUGCUCAAGUUUUUGAUGGAAGAUCUGUGCCAGGGAGUGUGCACCAUCGACCAAAUAUUUCACAUCCACUGGAGGUCAACGCUUAUGGCCUGACAAUGGAAGAACCAAAUAACCCACCAAGCAAGCAUCAACAACCAAUGUCAGGAGAGCUAACACAUAAUAGUGAAGCUAGACCCAAAAGUUCUGUUUCGACCCAUGAAUCAACUAACUGCCAAAGUAACCAUGCAAGCUCGCCCAAGCUUAACAGUGCGGAUGGAGAGCAAAGUAAGCCGGCAUCAGUUCGAACACAAAACGAAGCCAGUGAGAAUAUUCCUAAUAAUAACCAUACGGUGACUGACAAGAAAACGAACACAGGGAGAAGUGUCAGGUACUCCACAAUUCCUGUAAUUGAAUGGCCAUUAGAAAAGUUGCAUGUGUUGAUAAAUUUUGUUCAGCAAGUAGAAGAUGGUCAACAGAAAAACGUCAAUAAAUAUGAGCCUGGAAAGGAGAUUCUGAAGCUUUAUUGGAAUGGAGAUGUUCAGAAGUUCCACAACGUAGUAGAUACUGGAAUUUAUCAAAACGUAUUAGAAGAAGUCUACAGUUACUGUCCGAGCAAAGAUGAUGUGAUACUGAGGCAAAUUAAAACCGAUGCACGUAACCAAGUUGCAGAGGAUUUUCAUGUUUUGAAACACAACGAAGAUCCACCAAAGAUGGAAUACAAGUCAUCUUGGUUGAAUCUGAAUGAGAAACUUGAUGACAUUGACAGGGAACGUGGUUAUUCUUGGUACUAUAGAUCUAUUUAUGGUACUUUCCAAGAGAAGAUUCAUGAAGAAAAUUCUGAAUGUAAAUUGCAACGCAAAUCGCUAGGCAGUCCUUAUGAGCCGUUGCCAACAACGCACCAAUGCCCAACCAAAACUGUGAAUGUACCAGAAGAUGGACAAAGUGUCUUGAAUUUAACGCAGAAAAGCUUGUACAAUGAAAGUCGUAAUGAAAACUGGCUUGCCUCCUGUAAUGAGCAAUCUGUAACUGGAAUUGAUGAUAACCACUUAGCAAAGCUACCUGAGAAACAAACCAACUGUCAAUCAAAUAUGGGAUCAACCAGGCACACAAGUUCACCAGAGCUUAAUCCUAUGGUUGUGGAGCAACCAAAGUUUUCAGCAUCCUCUCAAAAUGCAUCAGAUAAAAUAAUGGCUAGUAGUGACAUUGCAGUUGCAGAUAAAAGUAUAAAUGAAAUUGUGUCAAAAUCUGGCGAAGAAGUUGCUGUUGCAGGAAUUGACCAAAUGGACACAUCAGCCUCUAUUGAGAUAAAUGCUUCUCCAAAUGAAACUUCUGUCAGCUCAACAACAGUGCAUUGUUUAGAUGGUGACUCGAAGAAAGUCAAUGCUUCACCCAAAGAGUUAAAGCCAUCUUGUUUGAACACACCACAAGAACUUAAUACAACAUCAAGUGAAGAGCAAAUAACCUUAGAGGGUAUUGAAGAGAAGGCACAUGCAUUUCAAACCACACUACCAGAUGGCUCUGAUACACCUUCAGUAACGGAGAAUGACCAGUACAUGACGGAAACCGUGUGCGAUGUACCAGCAGAAGAACAAGGAUACCUGAAGGUAAAGGAGAACUCUGACAAUGAGAGUCAUGGGUUAUUACAGGAAAUGAUUGAGACUGAUAACUGCUCACUGAAGACUAAUAGUGUGGCUACAGAAUCGAAUACUGUAAGUUCACUAAAGGGUAUAACAAAUCUGUUGAGGACAUUGGACAAAUGUGAUGUUUCUUUAAGAAUUUAUGAGCACCAAGUUGGAAAAAAUGAACUUUUAAGAAGAUUAAGUCAACAGCCAACUAGACCAUCAGGGAUGCCAGUGCUUAAUGACAGAUUUUGUAAAGGAGCCGGAGGCAGAGGUCCAAUGUUAAACAAUAAUUUGUCUGUCCAAAGUGACAUUACAAGCUCACCAAGGCUCAGUCCUAUGGUUAAAGAACAUCAGGCAGUUAUGGCAAAUAAAUGUCAUGAAAAAAUUACUAGCAGUGAAAGGGAUCAAACAACUUUACCAAAUGCCCCAUUAAGAACUGACCCUGACCUUCAACCAAAUACUGGAAACCCACUGACAGGCAUGGAAACUAUUGUGAGUGCAUUAAAAAAACGGGAUGCUUUAUUGAAAAGACAUCACCAACCAUUUAGAAAGCAAGGCAUUUCGAAAAGAAGUCAUGAACAGUCGGACAAAACUCCUGGGUUGACGGAGUCAGCCAUCCAAAGGGACCGCAUCAGCUCAGCAAAACUUAAUUCUGUUGUCGCAGAACAACAUCAGUUCCAAAAUGAAUGUAAUGAUGAAAUGCUUGAAAAUGCUGAAAUUGCGACUUGUGAAACUGUGCCUAAGCUUGACAACGUAGAUGCUUCAGGCUCCAUUAAAAUUAACGUUCUCCCAUAUGAGGUAGCUAAACGGUGCUUUGCUGGUGAGAUGAUGGAAGAUUUACAAGAAGCUGUUAGAAUGAGUGAGUCGUCAAGGUUGAAUUCUAGUGAGAAAUGUGAUGUCACUGAGAACAACGAAAAAUCACAUGCCUUGUCAAAGUCAUUUUGUGAUGCACAGGAAGAACAGCUCGUGGGGAGUUUGGAAGACAACUUAAGGAAUUCAAUUCAUGCAGCACGAAACGCAUUUCAAGAUAUCCCUUUAAAGCCAUCACAACAAGAUCUUUUGGAGAGAAAGGGUUUCUCAACUAAAGAGUCAGGAACGGAAAGGUUAGAGGAUGAUUUUUGUAAUGCCAUCGGAGACAAAAUUCACCUGUUAACUGAUAAAUUAAGCAGCCAAAAUGACUUUACAAGCCCAUCAAAACUUAAUCCUGAGGUUGAAGGACAACAUACAUUUGAGGCAUCAUCUCGUGUGCUAAAUAAAUUUAAUGGCAAAACGCCUAAUGAUGACCGUGCAGUCACGGAUGAAAAUCUGAUUGUGCCAUCACCUAGUACAGAAGUUGAUGAAGUUGUAACAGAGUUUGAGGAGAUUGAUGCUUUUGCCUCCAUUAAGAUUAAUGUUCUCCCACAUGAAGUAGCAGAAAAAUGGUUCGCUGGUGAUACUAUAGAAAAUGAGGAUAUUGCUGUACAUUUUUCCAGUAAGGAACACAAUGAUGACCAGGUAGAAGUUGAAGUCCUGGACUACCAUGAUGAGCAGGCUGAUCCAAUUGAGGUCCUGGAUGUUGAGAUCCUGGAUGUCAGGUCUGAAAAAGAAGUGCACAGUAAAAAUGUGAAGCCCAAAGAGAGGAAUAAUCAAAGUGGUGCUGAUGUAAAGUUGGAGUCUUUUUGUUGUCUUACUAAAUGGUUUCAUGCUUUAAAACAUGAAGAAGGCUCAUUCUGCAUGUGCCAGGUAAAAACAGACUUGAAUGAACAAGAGAGAAAAAUUCAGGCCCAUGACACAAGUUUUAAGUUGCAGAAAAAUGAAGAAGACUGUGUCGAUGUCUUCUCUGAUAAUUUUAAAUCAAUGGAACUAAAACCGAUCACUCAGACCAAUGAUGAAAAUGCAUCUGAAUGCACAGAAACAAAAACCUUAUUGAUUUCACACAUGGACAUGCCAGGCAAGUCUGCUGAGGCUGUUGACACGCCACCUCCCGAUGUCAAGAAGAGGCCGGUCACGCCACCUCCCGAUGUCAAGAGGAGGCAGGACACGCCACCUCCCGAUAUCAAGAGGAGGCCCGACACCCCACCACUCACUGUCCAGAGGAGGCCGGACACGCCACCUUCCGAUGUCAAGAAGAGGCCCGACACCCCACCCCUCGCCGUACAGAGGAGGCCCGACACCCCACCCCUCGCCGUACAGAGGAGGCCCGACACCCCACCCCUCGCCGUACAGAGGAGGCCCGACACCCCACCCCUCGCCGUACAGAGGAGGCCCGACACCCCACCCCUCGCCGUACAGAGGAGGCCCGACACCCCACCCCUCGCCGUCACGAGGAGGCCCGACACCCCACCCCUCGCCGUCACGAGGAGGCCCGACACCCCACCCCUCGCCGUCACGAGGAGGCCCGACACCCCACCCCUCGCCGUCACGAGGAGGCCCGACACCCCACCCCUCGCCGUCACGAGGAGGCCCGACACCCCACCCCUCGCCGUCACGAGGAGGCCCGACACCCCACCCCUCGCCGUCACGAGGAGGCCCGACACCCCACCCCUCGCCGUCACGAGGAGGCCCGACACCCCACCCCUCGCCGUCACGAGGAGGCCCGACACCCCACCCCUCGCCGUCACGAGGAGGCCCGACACCCCACCCCUCGCCGUCACGAGGAGGCCCGACACCCCACCCCUCGCCGUCACGAGGAGGCCCGACACCCCACCCCUCGCCGUCACGAGGAGGCCCGACACCCCACCCCUCGCCGUCACGAGGAGGCCCGACACCCCACCCCUCGCCGUCACGAGGAGGCCCGACACCCCACCCCUCGCCGUCAAGAGGAGGCCCGACACCCCACCCCUCGCCGUCAAGAGGAGGCCCGACACCCCACCCCUCGCCGUCAAGAGGAGGCCCGACACCCCACCCCUCGCCGUCAAGAGGAGGCCCGACACCCCACCCCUCGCCGUCAAGAGGAGGCCCGACACCCCACCCCUCGCCGUCAAGAGGAGGCCCGACACCCCACCCCUCGCCGUCCAGAGGAAGCCCGACACCCCACCUCUCGCCGUCCAGAGGAAGCCCGACACCCCACCUCUCGAUGUUAAGAGGAGGUCUGAAACUGUAUGUCUUUCACUGUAUGGGUCAUCUUCUAAAAGACAAGAAGUCCGAAAUAAAAGAUAUAUAAACGGUUGUGAAGAACCCCCCAAAACCCUUGAAAUAACUAUUAGUCGUCAUGAGAUAAGUGAAGGAAGAACAUCAAAGAAGCGAAAAUGGGUAGAAUCAAUUGAAAAUGAAGAUGCUUUGGAUACAAGGCGAAAAGAAAUGAGGUUGUCUCUUAAAAGCUGUGAUCAGAGGAGAAUGUCUCUGUUACAUGAAGUAACUCCAAUAGGACCUUCUGAAGUUACCAAAGAAAAUGCACUUUCAUCUACAGUACCCAGAAAACCCCAAAAUCCAAGUUAUAACUCAAGGAGUGGCUUUUAUUUAGCAGCUAUAAAGAAGCGAAAGAAAAAAAACUUUGGUACACGACAGAUUUCUAUGAAUAACUUUAUUAUCAGAAGGAAGACUGUGCUAUCUAAAUCUUUACAGUCACCUGAACCUACAAUAAAAAGUAAAUAUGAAUUGGGGAACCCUGCUUUGAUGCCAUUACAAGAAGGUUCUGAAUUGGAAUUCAAAGUAUUACCUUCAACUUUUAACUUUGAAGAUGGAAGAAAACCCGGCUGUGUUUUGGAUCAAGCAGACUCAUCCUCAAAUACAAAAAAUGAAAUAUCUCACUCCAAGAAUAAAAAAGCAAAAGGACUGAAGACCACCAAUGCUCCAACACCAGGAACUUGGUGUCUCAGCCCUUUGAAGACCAAGCACGUCCAGUCCACAGAUGUCUCUGGCUCCUCAUGUACCAUCUUUCAAGAGUUUAAGAAGAAAUAUCAUGAAAGAAAGGGGGAAAUGGUUCCCACACAAAACUUGAAUUCCAAUUAAUAAAAUUAAAAUCCUUUACUGAACUUGCAUUACUAUUAAAAUGUAAAUAUUUCAGAUCUGUUUAA